AUGGGACAGGGUCGACAAAUUGGUGAUGAGCACUGUAACAAACUCUUCGUGCCUAGCUGCCAUGCCACCCGAUUGAAGCACAACGGUUGGAAUACUGCCAGCUUGCCCAAGCCUAAACAAGAGAAGUCUAGAUGCAGAAAUCGAGCUCGAACCAAGGACCUUCCGGGAAAGUUUGCUCUGCUUGACGAGUGCAGUUCCCCUAUAGCGGAGGAGAUCAUUCAACUGUCAGUAUGGCGGCGACGAAGUGGAGAAGUACAACUGCAUUUUAGAGCGUUUCGACCUAAGAAGGUCUUGAUCUCGAUUGAGCCUGAAUACACGUUCCGUCCUAGUAGUGAUCAUAAUAACGUUCAGUUGUGGCGUCCUUUCGGUGCCUACCUGCUAUUCCACCUGAAGGGAGCACCGGCGUUAAGAUACUGCCAGGUUGUUCAAGCCUAG